UCACUUGUUUGGUUCAAACCACACAAGUUACACAAGUGAACGAGCCCAUCCUCCCCUCAUGGGAGACUCUUCUCAUAAGCUAUUUUCCCUUAUCAUUUUCGUGUUUGGAUGAUUGACUCAAUGAUUGCCUUUGUUAGUCCAACAACUAUCUUAUCCUUUCGAAGAGAUAUGAUUUCUAAAAAAGCAACCUUUUGUUUUCAUUUGCAAGGAAAACAAGCAGCUUGGUCUCGACAAGUUUGUCGACGUGGCAGUGUAUAUAUGUCUUUGGACGCAGGCUAUUUUCAAGGAUUCCUAACAGCUGCACUGGGGUUAACUGCUGGAAUCGCAUUUCUAGUGUGGACUGAGAAACAAGGAGUUCGCGGUUCACAACGUGAAAACUUGCAGCCAUGUGUAGUUUGCAAUGGCCAAAAACGUUUAGAGUGUAUCCGUUGCAAAGGAUCUGGAAAGAACCCAACAGAAGAAUCUGAAUUAUGUUCAUUUUGUGAUGGAGUUGGAACAGUUGUAUGCUCUAAUUGUGCUGGUGGAGGAAUCCAACCCAGGUACCUGGAUCGCUAUUCACCAGAGGACUUUUUAGAUUAAGAGUAGGAACGAUAUUCGAAUACCAUAUCAUUGAAUCCUGAAGGCGGCAUUUACACAAAAUUUGUCUAUUUUACAGUGCCUUCAUUCAGUUCAUCGAGUUGAAGUGGGAGCAAUAAUAAAACAACAAGCAGUAGAGAGAACGACCACACAUUAUCUAAUCCA